CUGAGCUGGGAGUCCCUCUGCCUGGGAGAGGCUGUUCCCUGCUCCUCCUUGUGCAGUGUGAGGGGCCGUCCCCCCUCAUCCUGCCCCCCUUUUUGUCCCCCCAGUGCUUCCCCUGGAGAGGCAGCUGCACGAGGCUGCCCGCCGGAACCAUGUCGGAAGGAUGAAGGAGCUGAUCGGGAGGAGGGUCAACGUCAGGGCCAGAAACCACGUGUGUACAGGGGCACCGGCUGGGGACAGUGCCAUGGUGUUACCACCACUUGGGAGGGACAAUUUACAGAGCCCAAGGCAGGCACACUGGCACCUGUUAACCCUGGGGAGGCUCAGGCUCUGUCCUUCUUGCCUGCGUUGUCUAAAGGUCUCUGAGGCCCAAAGUCACGGUCAGGAUUCCAACCAGGCUUGGGCACUUCUAGAACUUGCAACUCUUAAUCCCUGUGAUCCAUCCAGAAGGCUCCCCCAAGAAACAAUUGUUAGGGUCAGGAGGGCAGGGGGUCAGAGUUCAGGAGUCAGACAGAGGCUGGCAGAGAGGCAGAUAGGGGCAGGCAGCUGGAGAGACAAAGAUGGAGUGGUGCCUGCGGUCAGAAGUCCAGGGGUUCGGGACCAAGAGAGGCUGAGCACGUGUGAAGCAGCAAUUGAGUUCAGUUCUCUGAGGGCCCGCUGUGCCUGGUGACUGUGUAAAGCUGCUGUUGGCCCAGGCCUGACCUGAGGGCUCAAAGCCCAGGCAGGGAGGCAGACCAGGCCCCGCAAACCAAGCCUCAGGUCUGCUCGUGGGGUGGUGCAUAGCCUUUUGGAGAAGGCAACAAAGGGAAAAGCCACUCUGCCCGGGAUAGCCCCUCCCUAUCUUGGCGCUUCUAGCUGUCAGGAGCGUCUUAGAGGAGAUGCCAGGGCCUGGGUGAGAGGCCAGUGGGGGCUGAAAGUGCUGAAUGCGAGAUUCCUGACUGCAGCAGAGGCUGCUCUGUCUGGUUUGGUGUGACAAGGGUAUGUGACCUGGGUCUUCAGAGCCUGCUGGGGGCUCAGUAAUAGUGGCAGGAAUUCUGGGGUAUGUCUGGUGUGUUUUAGUUUUCAGAGCACUCAUCCACCUGUUUCCCACUGGUCCCCACUCACCCCUGGAGAGGUGAGCAGGGCAGAGAAGAUUAGUCCUGUUUAUAGAAGGGUGCAGGCACAGAGAGGGCAGCUGUGUUCCCCUAGGUCACACAGCACAUUAUUGGUGAUUGGAGCCUUAGUCUCAACUCCUGGGCAGGCACUGGCAAGGAAGCAUGGACUUGGAGGAUGAUGGGAUGCUAAUGCCAGAUUCAUUCAUUUAUUUACUCAUUGAAUGAUUCAUUCAUUCAUUCAGUAUUUAUUAAGGGCUUCCUCCAGUCUGCACUGUACUCCGUGCUGAUGACAGUAGAACUCACGGCAGACGUGGACCCUGCCCCCUUGGAGCUGGUGGUCUCGUGCAGGAGGACAAACAUUAAACAGAGUGUCUCACAAACAAUUCAUUCUCACUGUCACAAUUUGAGAGCAUGUGGGGAUCGGAGGGCCCUGCCCUGCCAGAAGGCUUCCCGAGGAAGUGACAUUUUCGCAGGCGCCAGUGAAGAAGGGCAGUGGCCCAGGCAGAGGGACAGCAGCAGCAGAAGGAGGGGACCGCUGGUCCCUAGAGGAACCACACAGAAAAAUCCGUGUUUUCUUUUGUUGUCUCUUCACUUGCUGAAAACUACGAGGGAAAUGGGUUCCUGGGGCAGAGGCUGGCUUCCCCUGGGCCUGCUCAGAUGCGCUGAGGGCCAGAGACCAGGGUGAACUGCCAGGCUGGCUUGACAAUGAGGUGGGAAGUCAGAACCCUCCAGCCCGGUUCUGAAGAAAAGAGGGGACAGAACCCAGGUACUCAGGGUUCCUCGGGGACUUGGAGAAUAGUCCUCAGAUGCAAGCGGCUGCCCAGCAGAGGGAGCAGCAGGAACAAAGACGUAGAGGUGGAAAGUUGUUUGGCAUUUCUGAGAAGCAGUGGCCGGCAGUGCUGGGCCCCAUGGGGCCUCGUACCCAGGGUUAGGAGUUUGACCCAAGAGCAGCGGGAAGCUGUGAAGAGUUUUAGGUGGGGGACAGGUGGAUCCAGACAUGGCAUUUUACUGUGUUCAUUUCAGCUGCUGCGGCGUAGAAGAGGAGGGGGCCAGAGUGGGGCUGGGGCUCCAGCCAGCUGGUCAUCGGAGCCAGCAAAGGCCCUUCACCCUGCAGACCAGCUGUCCUGGCCGGGAGGUAGGGAGGGUUGGGAGGUGAUCCAGGCAGCAAGCUGGUGCCACACGGCUUCCUCUCCCUCCUGCCAGGUGGGCCGAGUGGCCCUGCACUGGGCUGCGGGCGCAGGGCACGAGCAGGCAGUGCGGCUGCUCCUGGAACACAAGGCUGCUGUGGACGACGAGGAUGUGGUAGGACCCCCCACCCCCAAGGAGGCGUGUCUGUCUGCCUGUCUGUCUCAGGGUCGGGCAGGGGCAUCGGAGCUCGUCUGGGUCUGCGAGCCAGCUGUCACCGCCCAGGUUGCCACUGAUGCACAGACGCACAGAUGCUGGCUGCACAGGGAGUCAGAGUUUUUGGAGACUAGUGACACUGUGCUGAUCCCAUUUUCCCCUUGCACAGCCAUGAAGCUCUCUUCAUUUUCAAGGGCCUUUCAGUUCUCAGAGAACCUUUUUAGUCCCUCGUGAUGCUGUGUGAACAGGGAGAGAUCCAGGCUGUAGAACAGGUAUCUGGGUGGCUGGGGAAAGUCAUCGGGACGGAGGUCUCUUAUGAUAUGCCACAGGGCUCUGUCCUGGCAAGGCAGACACACCUCACACUCUCCUCACUUCCUGCCUCGUGUCCUCUCCCCCAGUUUGGUAUGAACGCGCUUCUCCUGUCUGCCUGGUUUGGCCACUUACGGAUCCUCCAGAUCCUGGUCAACUCCGGGGCCAAGAUCCACUGUGAGAACAAGGACGGUCUGACCUUACUGCACUGUGCAGCCCGAAAAGGCCACGUGCACGUGCUGGCAUUCAUGAUGGAGGACCUGGAGGACGUGGCCCUGGACCAGGCUGACAAGCUGGGAAGGACCGCGUUUCACCAGGCUGCGGAGCACGGGCAGCUGGAUGCUCUGGACUUCCUUGUGGGCUCUGGCUGUGACCACAGUGUCAAAGACAAGGAAGGGAACACAGCCCUUCACCUGGCCGCCCGCCAGGGCCACCUGGCUGUGCUUCAGCGACUCGUGGACAUCAGGCUGGACCUGGAGGAGCAGAAUGUGGAAGGUCUGACCGCCCUGCACGCAGCUGCUGAACGGAUCCACCCCGACUGUGUGCAGCUCCUCCUCAGGGCUGGGAGCAGCGUGAACGCCCUCACCCAGAAAAAGCAGAGCUGCCUCCACUACGCAGCCCUCGGUGGCUCUGAGGUCAUGGCCCGGGCCCUCAUCCACGCAGGAGGCUGCACCAACGUGGCUGAUUGUGGCGCCUCUCCUCUGCACCUCGCUGUGAGGCACAACUUCCCAGUCCUGGUGCAGCUCCUCAUCGACUCCAGCAGUGACCUGGAUGCCACUGACCAUAGGCAGCAGACACCCCUCCACCUUGCUGCAGAGCACGCCUGGCAGGACAUAGCAGAGAUGCUCCUCGUUGCUGGGGUUAACUUAAACCUGAGAGAUAAGCAAGGAAAAACUGCCCUGGCAGUGGCCGCCCGCAGCAACCACAUCAGCCUGGUGGACAUGCUCAUAAAAGCUGAUCGCUUCUACAGGUGGGAGAAGGACCGCCUCUCGUGCAGGGACCCCAGUGACCCCUGUGGGAAGAGCUUGACCUUUAAGCAGGACCAUCGGCAGGAGACGCAGCAACUCCGCUCUGUGCUCUGGCAACUGGCCUCCAGGUACCUGCGCCCCCAUGAGUGGAAGAAGCUGGCUUACUGCUGGGAGUUCACUGAGGCCCAUGUCCUUGCCAUCGAGCAACAGUGGACAGGCACCAAGAGCUACCGGGAGCAUGGCCACCGGAUGCUGCUCAUCUGGCUGCAUGGCGUGGUCACAGCUGGUGAUAACCCCAGCAAAGAGCUCUUCGAGGGCCUCGUGGCCAUUGGCAGGAGGGACCUGGCUGAGAGCAUCAGGAAGAAAGCAAACGAUGACCUGAGUGCCCCAAGGAGGUGCACAGCCAUGUAACUAGAGGGGCUGGACCUGCAGGAGCAUGGGACCUGAAAGCAGGGGCCACUGAAAAGAGGAUCACCAUGUAAGGGCUUUAAAAAAAAAA